GUUCGUAGUUCAGUCGCAUCGUCGCAUGUCACAUGCAUACACGUACAUUUCGUACCCUGCAGUUGUGCAGUUGUAAACUUGUAACUACUAAUUUCUGGCACCUCUGCUCAUAUACGGGGCAGCUUAAACGUUAGCUUCAUUGCUUUCUUUGUUGGCGUAUAAGUACGUAAAACAAUAAAAGCGAAAGAAGAACACAACUCGAGUCUCAGCUGGUGAACUAUGGGGUCGGUGUUGAAAAAUUCCACAAACAGCAGAAAGAGUCGGAUCCUUAGAAUGGUGACUGGGUCUUACUCCUAGGAACUACAUACGUUUAGUAUUAAAGCCCAGGAGACAAUUAUUCAAGUGUACAGUAUCAUCCUGCAUCAUCUUUACCAUCAUUAUUAUUAACUUUCAACGAUCUUCAACUGAUUUAUUUAUCAAUAAAUUCUGUUUAAAGUACUGUUCAGUCAUAAGAAAUUUAUAAACUUGUCUGUGUCAAUCAUUGAGUUGAAAAAUUGAACAUAAAACGGUAUUUACUAAAUAAAAGAACGAUCAGGCAAAAGUUACAUAAACAAAAGUUUGACCAAAAUGGGAUCCACACGUCCGACUGACAGGUCCAUUGGAGAAGCUACAUUUUUACCCCAGUGGAUGAAAGGAAAAUCCGAAACCAGGUUUGAUUACUCUGACAGUGCGUUCAGUCCACCAGCGGAUGAUACCUUCUUUCUGAUACGCUACCCAAAACCGGCCUCAAGCUCCUCAGCAGACAUCAACAAAGAGGGUUUCCGGUCUAUUAGCGAAUUUUUAGCGGGCAAGCGUGACACUGCUUCCUCUGUUAUUACUGAUACCAGCAGCAACAGCAACUCAAACGACCUGCUUAACAAGCAGCCCUCUUUCCAGCAAUCUUUGUCAUCUUAUGGAACAGCUACCAAAAUUAACGAACCAAAGUUUGUAAUUGCGAAUAAUACAAAAAUCAAUAAGCCGAUUAAUGAGUUCAAUAAUGACAAAACAUCAGAAGCUACCGGCCGUUCCAUCGUUACUGUAGCUAGUCAGAUAAUGUUUGGCAAGUCUAAUAUUGCCAACAACUCAUCCUUUUCAUCUGACAUCGCACAGCAGCAACAGCAGAGUUCCAUCGAAUCAUCUGUUCAGGAAAAGGAACAAACCAGGAAGGUAAGCAAAUCGCUGCCCGCGACUCCGCUGACCUCGCCAAACAUAACACCCGACAGCUCACCAAAAGCACGGCGUCGAGGCUACGGCAACCGAUUUUUCACGGGCGCAUUUGUGCCGGAUGGCGAACGUCAAAAGAACGGCUGGUUGCUGGGCAGCAUACUUGGACAAUCACGCGAGCUCGUUGUUACAAAGAUCGAAGAGGAGGACGAAUUGACAACACCUGAACAGAUCCCGCCACGUGCUCUCAGCCGCAAGAAAUCAAUAUCCUCUCAGAAUCUCACUUACAUUAGCAAAGAUGAUAAAUCGGGCAGCAUCGACAGUACUACCAGUCAAAUACUGCAGGCACAACCUUCCGAACUAAGAGAAAUGAAUUUCUGGUCACCGACAUCUAUGUAAAAUAAAAAUCGGUUCCGUUUUCAUCAUUUUACGACAGUAAUCCUUAUUAUUAUAAUCUUUUUUUUUUUUUUUUUUUUUUUAAUACUUUACUAUUAUUAUUACUAUGACUUUUCCUCAUUUUACAACUUUGUAAAAGUCAGGGGUAUGCUUCGAAAGCUGUAUCUUCCGUUGAUUUAGGUUCAUAGUAGGUAAUUGACUAUGGAGUUAUAUUAAUUGGGGGUAACUCCUUUUCUGAUAAAGGAUUUGGCCAACUUUCUCUCGUAACUGACCCUUACAGACUCAUAUAAAUACGGUUGAACAUUUUUCUGUAUACCCCCGCUGAAAGUGCUUCAUGUCUGCCCUACUUCCUACUUCAAAACAAAUAUUCGACGAGGGUAUGCCGACAAAUAGUAUUACGCACGACUUUUGGAGGUUAAGAAAAGCCCCAGAUUUCUUUAGCCACUCCUUGACGGAUCAUCCCCAUGUAGAAGUAUGUAGAUUCAUGAACAACAUUGAUAAGCCAACCUCAGAAGAGUACAAUUAAAUCAAGCCGACGUUUGAUUCUAUUUGUUUUAAAGUACGUUAAGGAGUUUUGCGUAUUCAACAACAUACCUCAAACCUAACUUAAAUACCUGAAACGAGCGCAAAAAUUUAUUAAGAUAAUCAAUACAAUUUUUAAUGCCCUUUAACAAGAACCAUAAAAAUAGUUAUAACAGUUUUUACAUAUCCUAAUAAGAGAUUUAUUACAUUUUGUAUAUAUUUAGAAGCUUUCUAAUGAUAAAAAGAUACUUAAUCUUGCAGUAUAUGCAUAUUUUUACGAUGUCUUACACCUCUGUCUCUUUAUCAAGUUGACGCAUAUUACUAUGUGAGAUUAAGUCAGUUAUUGUAAUUUUUUUUAUUUUUCUCAUAUUUGUUGCUUCUUCGACUUUUUUUCUCUUUUAUAUCGCCUCCAGAUAGGUAGAGUUACUAUGGACCAACCGAAAUGCACAAUAACUUAUGGGGUCGGUAAAUAAAUAAACUAAUAGUAAAUUUUCCGGACUAUACGAGCAAGUUAAAACUUAUUAAAAAAAGAUAAAGUUUUCAGCGUUUAAUAAAAAAAUUUUUCAUUCGCUCAGUUAGAAAAGAAAUAUUGUACAAAUUUUUUUUAAAGAAAUGAUUAUGGGUGUUGAAACUAGCAUUUCUCUUGACAUGAACGCCUAAAUAAUAAUAAAAAAAAAUAAUAAUAAUUACUAUAUGUUUCUGCACAUUUAAUCCAAUCCAGUGACUCACCUUAGGUGGCCCGGCUUGCUUCAAAUUGCGUUUUUGUACGAAUAAUUUUAAAGAUAUGUACGAGAAAGUUAUCAUUAGAUAAACAAUUUUAUUCAAUUUAUGGUUUUGUUCCUCAUACAUUCAAUAAAUAAACAAAAAGUACAAAAAAUGAUGUUCACUCUAAUGCAGAAAAAUUCAUGAUGGUGUCACUAACAUAAGAUAGCUGAACGAAAAUAUGAAUUACCAAUAACCCAAUCUCAACAAACAAACGAUACAACUUUUGGAGCAGAUCCUUGCCUUACUGAGCUUGCUUAGCUCGCUUACGUUUUCCUGGAAAUUAGUAUAAACUUUUCAAGCCUACGUUUGAAAAUAUAGACAUUGAAAUCAAUGAUUUGAUGCAAAAUUAAACAAUUAGACAGUAAGAUAAGUAAAUAAUAAGGUUUGAAUCUUACUGAAUAAGUAAAAGGAUCCAUUCAAGAGCUUGACAAUAUGACGGAUCUAUUACUACCUCUUAAAAUUUGGAGAACAUGUAAACAAGUUUUAGUGUUGUAAAUUCACAACAUUCAAAAAAAAAAACCUUCAGAAAAGUUCCUAGAAUCGACAAAUCAUUUUUAAUGUUUAUGUACAUUCUAAUUUAUUAAAAUUACAGUCGAUUAUAGUUUCUUCAAAAAUCUAUAGUUUAUAAGAUCAAUGCUACUUGAAAAAUAAGACGCAAAGACAAGCUCAACCAAUGCACUUAGUUCAUCAUUUUGAUUUUUAAAAUGUCAGCGUAGUUAUAGUUUAUGUGUAUGCAUUACACACUGCUUAGUGCAACAAAGUAUUACAAACAGUCCUUAUUUUUAGACCCAAUAUAUUGAAUUUUAAGAUCAAGCACUACAAAAGCAGCAUCAAGUUUUAGAUAAAUUAAAGUUAUAUUUCUACUUUUAAUUUUAUUUUAUUGGAUUCAUUAAGGUCAAUACCUUCUUUUUAGUGCUAAUUUUUACUUGUUAAAGCGACCGAUUUUUUAAUUUUACUCGCGAAACAAAAUUCCAUACACGAUUUUUAUUAUACUGGAAAUACUUUUCUAAAAUGAAAUUUUUAUAGAUUCCUCAAAAUACGCUUUUAAAUAACUGGUUUUAUAUUAUAAUGUAGUUAUCUAACAUAAUCAUUGAUCAGUGCUAUGAAAUUUUUGAAAAAGAUUCGUCAAAUUAAGUUGAAAAGAUCUUUUAGUUACACAUUGUCAUUUAAUGUACGAUUUUUUAAAUAAUUAUGAUUUUAUUGUUUAAUUUUUUAAGCUAGACUACUAGAUGAAAGUAACUUUUAUUUUCAUCAAAGCAAAAAAUGUAACCAUGGCUAAAUGGAUGUGUGAAGAUUGCAACAAAUUGUCAUUUCAAAAUGAGUUACGUCCGAGAAUUACGCAUUACGUGCAAUCAAGUUUCCAUAUUCAAUAAAGAAUUGUAAAUUUUGUUUGUCAAUGGAAAUCCAACUAAUCGAUUUGUUCAUUUUUAUCUUAGUUGUAUCUUAUGUGUUUGUGUGCAAAAAAAAUCAGUAUUUGUAGAACAGCUUCAUAGACAUGACUAAAAAAUGUUUUGCGGACCUUUAAAAUAUAAAAAUUUGUUUUCAAGAUGCUAAAAAAUCAUUUAAUAGCAUACA